CCGGGUCUUCAGCUGGCGGCUAUAUAAGGGCCGACCUUCCAGUAGCCACUUCAGUUGUCCUUUGAGCCUGCAAACGUAAUCAUGUUGACCAACAACGAGCUAAUGGAGCAGUUUUACUUCCCCGACGACUCGCCAGCGGUGCCCGAGUUCUUGUGCAACGAUACCUUCCAGCAGUUCGAGCAGCUCAUGUACCAGCAGGAGUUCAGCAACAGCGAUAGCCAGUCGGAUGGAGCCAACAGUUGCUCCUUGGAGAUGUACUACGACACCCCGGCUGUCCUGGAGCUGGAGCAUAUGUUGAGUGUCCAGGAGCAACAGCAGCAGCAUCAAGCGAAUCACUUGGGCAAGAUUCAAGGAAGGAGUUCAAAACAGAGGAGCAAGCCCUACGACAAGCUGUCCACCUCCAUGUCAUCAUCCGCAUCCUCCGCCUCCUCGAGCAGCUCAUCAUCGGUGAGUUUCGGCGGCGAAGUCCUGAAAAAGCGGCGACUGGCGGCCAAUGCCCGUGAAAGGAGACGGAUGAACAGCCUGAACGACGCCUUCGACAAGCUGAGGGAUGUGGUUCCGUCGCUUGGUCACGACCGGCGACUCUCCAAGUACGAAACUCUGCAAAUGGCGCAGGCUUACAUCGGGGAUCUGGUCACGUUGCUCUCCAGAGACUACUAGCCAGUUGGAGAAUCCCUCAUCCUUCCUUAAAGCGGAAGUCCCUUUGCGGGCUGUGUUGCAGCAACACUUUCGACCUAGUGGAAAACUUAUAAAGGCUGUUAGUAUUUAGUCUAUUAUCAUAGUUGUAAAUAAUUGAAAGCAAUAAUUGUCUAAUAAAAUGUAAGAGUUUAAAUUUUAUUAUUUUAAAUGGCCAAAUUUUGGGAAAUGAGA